AUGGCUCCGCGAAGAAAGUUUGAUAAGAAGAAUGCAACUACAUUCAACAUAGUCCAUCGUGCGCACGAUGAUGCCAAGUUUUACGAUGAAGAAGCAUCAGAACACGUGUUAGUACCAGCUGCAUCCAAACAACCACAACAGACCAAGAAGAAAAUCUACACUCCUAAUGAACUCAAGGAGAAGCUCGCCAGUGAUGAAAUCAGAGAGAAUGAAGGUAUGGCUGCACAGUAUGGGAUUUUCUACGACGAUUCCAAGUACGAUUACAUGCAGCAUCUUAAACCCAUGGGACAACAGGAUAGUGUUUUCAUUGGGGUCGAUGAAAAACCUAAAAAGGAGACCAAGAUCGAGGAUUUGUUCAAAGAUCAGCUUCCUUCAGAACAGACGAGAAAGAUUGGCCACGAUUUGAAUGAAAGUAUACCUAAAGAACUUCAAGGGUUUAAUCCAAACUUGGAUCCUAGGUUGAGAGAAGUGUUGGAAGCAUUGGAAGACGAGGCAUAUAUUGAGGGAGAAGAAGAGGAAGGCGAAGGUGAUAUCUUUAAUGAUUUGUUGCAAUCUGGUGAAGUGGAAGAUGAGCAAGAGUUUUAUUAUGGGUCUGAUGCUGAAGCUUACGAUGAAGACUAUGAUGAAUGGGAUUUAGAUAAUUAUGAAGAGGAGUACAACAAAAAGUACGAGCAAGGUGAGCCAAAGGAGUAUAAUCAUGACGAAAUUACUGAUGAAGUACCGGAAAUCCACCAAAACUGGCAAGGUGUCAUGCAGUUCAAGAAGGAAAACAAGAAUAAAGUCAAUGACUGGGAUUCAGAUGACGAUUUCGAAGACGAAGACGAACAAGACGAAGAAGAAGAAGAAUAUGAUGCUCUUGGAGAUUUACCUAAAAUUGACAACAAAAAGAAAUCAAAGACUAAGUUGAGAAAGAAGAAAGGUGCCAUGACUGAUACUUCUUCCUUUUCCAUGUCAUCAUCAGCAUUAUUCAGAACCGAAGGGUUAACUUUACUAGAUGACAGAUACGAACAGUUGAAUAAGAAGUUUGAAGAAGAUCCACAAGAGGAAGAAGAGUAUUCCCCAUUCAAUAUGGAGGAGGAAAGAGGUGAUUUCGAAAGUAUGUUGGAUGAUUUCUUGGACAAUUACGAAUUAGAAAGUGGUGGAAGAAAGCUUGCAAAGAAAGACGAAGAAAAGAAGAAAUUACAAAAUGCAGCUGAUUCAGUCUCGAGAGGUAAAGUAGCCAAAGCGAGAAUGAAGGGACUUUCCCUGUCAUUUGACAAUAUGAAGAUAUAG